CCCGGCGGGCGGCCCAUGCUAAUGAGCCGGGCGCCUUAUGGCACCUGCCGGCGGGUCCCGGCCAGAGCCGCUGCCCGCCCGCCCGCCCGCCCGGCCAUGCCGCGCUCCUUCCUGGUGAAGAAACCCUCCAGCACCCGCGUCCCCAACUACGGGCAGCUGGAGACGCGGCAAGAAAUCAAUGGCGCAUGCCACUCCUGUGGGGGGCUGGUCAUCCCCAUCCUCAUCCCGAAUGACAGCGCCCCUUCCACGCCCUGGGACGGCAGCUCCAUCCUCGCCCGCUUCUCCUUGCCUCUCCCACUGGGUGGUGAUACCAAAAGGACUCCCAGCACAAGCCCCCACAACCUGGAGUUCAGCCUGGUGGACACGUUAACGGGCCGAGCCCCGGGCACCCCGCUCAAGGACAACCAGAACAAUCUCAACCUGCCACCUGUCCUCAGCCUGCCCCCAAGGAGGCCAUCCGACCCGGGGAGCCCAGCAGAGGGGGACAGGGGAGCCCAGGACAAACUGCAAGGGGCACGGGGCAGGGCAGCUGAGCCCUUGGAGAGAUUUGAGUGCUUUGACUGCCACAAGUCCUACCACACCUUCUCCGGGCUGGCCAAACACCGCCAGCAGCGCUGCGUGCUGCAGGCCAGGAAGUAUUUCAACUGCAAGUACUGUGACAAGGAGUACGGGAGCCUGGGGGCGCUCAAGAUGCACAUCCGCACCCACACGCUGCCCUGCGUCUGCAAGAUCUGCGGCAAAGCCUUCUCCAGGCCUUGGCUGCUCCAGGGACAUAUCCGAACGCACACAGGUGAAAAGCCCUACAGUUGCUCGCACUGCAGCCGCGCCUUCGCCGACCGCUCCAACCUCCGCGCCCACCUGCAGACGCACUCGGACACCAAGAAGUACCAGUGCCGGGGCUGCUCCAAAACCUUCUCCCGGAUGUCGCUGCUCUCCCGGCACGAGGAGGCUGGCUGCUGCCCUGCAUCCUGACGCCCACUGCCCAUGGCUGCACCAAGCAGUUGGAAUGAGGAAACCCGCUGUAGGCCUGGGCAUCUCCGUGGGAGCUUCCGGCAUCCCGCCAUGCUGUGGAGGGUGUGGGUGGACAUGUUCUAGCAUGGGAGAAGGCUCCGGUUCCUGUUGAUGGUGGAGCUCUAUUCCCAUCUUCCAGCUUUGUGUCUUCAGCUGAAUGGCACCAGCUCUGCAGAGGGCGGUGCUGCAGGCCUGGCAAACUCAUUGCAGGAAUGACUUGGUUCUCUCUCCAUGCAGGCAAUGCCCUUCAGUGUGCGCGUGAGGAAGGGGAGUGGAGACUGCGUUCCAGGCUAGCUUUGAGCUCCUUGCAUUGAGCUCUGGCUCUCUAGGGGUGAACCGGAUCACCCCCAAAGCUCCAUGCAUCCACUCUGCUCACCUGCCUGGAAGGACGUUUGUCUGCACCCGUUCAGCUGGGCUGCCCGAAGGGUGCUUCAAGCAGCGCCAUGCCGGAGGAACAGCCUCUCGUCAUUUCUGCCCCUCUCCCAUCCUUUGCAUCCAAGAGUCUCCACCUCCCUCAUUAGGGGCUGGGCCGUCAAAUGCAACGCGCUGUCCUGUCACCCGCAGCCGGUGGGAGCUGUCCCUUCCCUACCUGCAUGCUGCCACUGCUCUGGGGCUGCCAGUGUGGGAUCUGUCGUCGCACGUGGGGUCAGUUUCAUUGCCUGGUGUCUAAUAAAAAGUAAA